AUGUCGGAUCCAAAGCGCCGCAGGACAGACGAGGGAAAUGCCAGCGAGCUACGGUUGAAGUCGCGCCAAUCAUAUCUGCAAAAGCGCGAAGCAGAGCAACUGGCGCUUCUUCGCCGUCAGGUCGCUGAAGAAGCAGACGAGCAAGAAAGGCUUGGCUCGAAACUAUCCAAGGCCGAGAUUGAAUCAUUCCGCCGAAACCGAGAAACACUUCGUCUUGCCGAAGCGAGGAAUGCCAUCGACGAACACCUUGAUGGAUACAUACUACCCGACGCGGACUACUCGAAUAAGUCUGAGGUUCUCACACGACGCCAUAAGGAGAAGGAGAAGGGAUAUGAGAAGAGCGAAGUGCAACUCUGGGAGGAUGAGCAGACGGCGAAAGUCAAGGCCCAGAUCAGCAAACCGAAACGAACACGGGAAGAGGAUUACGAAUUUGUCUUCGACGAGAGUCACAACAUCAAAUUUAUGGCGGAUGCUGCUGGGAACAUCAACCCAGACACCAUUGACCUUGCCAGGCUUGAAAUGCAAUCAAAGCUUGACGCAGCGGAAUUGAAAGUCAAGACCAUUCAGGAUACUCGAAAGAGUCUGCCCGUGUAUAAAUACCGCGAAGAGUUACUGGAGGCACUCUCAAAUCACCAAGUCUUGGUGGUUGUUGGUGAGACCGGCUCCGGAAAGUCGACUCAGAUCCCUCAGUUCGUCGCGGCAGCGGGCUAUACAGAGAAGGGCGCAAUUGCUAUCACCCAGCCACGACGAGUCGCUGCGAUGUCUGUCUCACAGCGUGUUGCAGAGGAAUACGGUUGCAAACUAGGAGGGGAGGUAGGAUACUCGGUUCGUUUCGAAGACCGCACAUCCCCAAAGACGACCAUCAAGUUUGCGACGGACGGUGUAUUGUUGCGCGAGGCUAUGUCAGAUGUUCAGCUAUCGAAGUAUUCUGUCAUCAUGAUCGAUGAGGCUCACGAGAGGUCGCUGGCGUCGGAUCUGCUCUUAGUGCUCUGCCGUGAGAUUUGUCGAUCGAGACCAGAGAUGAAGCUUCUCAUCCUCUCCGCUACUAUCAACGCGUCACACUUCAGUGCCUACUUCGAUGACGCGCCUGUAUUCAAUAUUCCUGGCAGGACCUGGCCAGUCCAGGUGAACUACACAAUGUCUCCAGAAGCCAAUUAUCUCAGCGCUGCCAUAACGACCGUCUUCCAGAUCCACAUUGCGGCUGAACUUCCCGGCGACAUCUUGGUCUUUUUAACUGGUGAGGAAGAAAUCCAGGCUGCUGCAGAGGCUUUGGAGAGCACUCAAAAGAAACUUGGCGGGAGAGUCAAGGAGCUCGUCAUCUGUCCCAUCUACAGCGCACUUCCUCCAGACGUACAAGCCAAAGCAUUCGAACCUACUAAACCAAACACACGCAAGGUUGUUCUUGCCACUAACAUAGCGGAGACGUCCAUCACGAUAGAUGGCAUCCGUCACGUUAUCGAUUCCGGCUAUGCUAAGGAGUCAAGUUUCAAUCCGAAAACAGGACUUUCGUCAUUGACAGUCUCCCCCAUAAGUCGUGCAAGUGCCAACCAGAGAUCUGGUCGGGCUGGCCGCACAAGUGCAGGCUUUUGUUAUAGACUCUAUACGAAGCAUGCGUUUUAUAACGAUCUUAGCGAGGCAACUGAACCUGAGAUUCAACGAGCGAAUCUUGACGGUGUGGUCUUAACACUUAAGAGUUUAGGCAUAUCAAAUCUGCUGGACUUCGAAUUCAUUGAUCCACCAUCAAGUGACGCCCUCAUAAAAUCGCUCGAGGGCCUAUAUGCACUCGGAGCCUUGGAUUCAAAUGGCGCGUUGACACGAUUAGGCCGCAGGAUGGCUGAACUCCCUUUGGAUAUUAAACUCUCAAAAGCGAUGCUUGAAUCAGAGAAAUUCGGCUGUCGGGACGAGAUUCUUUCUAUCGUCAGUGUACUAGGGGAGUCCGCGUCGCUCUUCCUCCGACCAAAGGACAAGAAAGUAGCUGCAGACAGUGCUCGCAAUCGUUUUAGCGACCGCGAAGGGGGCGACUUCUUGACAUACCUAAACAUAUGGAACCAGUUCGUGGAGAGUGGGUACGAUUCUCUUUGGUGUCGCGAAAACUUUUUGCAAUACCGAACUCUCAAUCGCGCUCGAGAGGUUCGCGAGCAGCUAGAGAAGCUUGCUGAUCGGGUGGAAGUCCCACCAUCAAGUUGCAGCUCUGACGACGUCGCCAUUCGGAAAGCUAUCACGGCUGGCUUCUUCCCCAACGCUGCGCGGUUACAAAGAGACGGACAAAGCUUCCGUACUGUGACAAAUGGCUUGACGGUAUAUAUACAUCCCUCUUCCACAUUGAUGGAGAAUCGCCCACGCUGGUGUGUCUUUGCGGAACUUGUUGCUACCAGCAAAGAAUAUAUGCGGUCAUGUAUGCCCAUCGAUCCAGCCUGGUUAGUCGAAGUAGCGCCUCAUAUGCAUACCGAGACCUCCAUCUCCAAGCUCGGAGACGAUAAGAAAAUGGGUAAGGGACCAGGGAAGGUUGGUGUUGAUCGAUGA